AUAAAGUAGGUAAUAUAUAUUUUGAGCGAGAGAGAGAGAGAAAUGGUGAGGCAACCAUGUUGUGACAAGGUAGGGUUAAAGAAAGGGCCAUGGACUAUUGAAGAAGACAAGAAGCUCAUCAACUUCAUCCUCACCAAUGCCCAUUGCUCUUGGAGAUCUCUUCCCAAGCUUUCUGGACUAUUGAGGUGUGUUGAAAGCUGCAGAUUGCGAUGGAUAAAUUAUUUAAGACCUGAUUUAAAAAGAGGUCUUUUAUCAGAGAGUUCCGUUCACUGUCCGAAAAAAUCAAACUUUGAUCUAGAAGCUGAUCGACGAGCAUUAAUAGCUCUCCGUGACGGCGUCCAUGGCCGUCCAUUACUCUGGAAUCUAUCAGCACCACCGUGUACUUGGGGAGGAGUCCAAUGCGAUUCGGGUCGGGUCACAGCACUCCGAUUACCCGGUGUGGGUUUAUCUGGUCCAUUACCAAUCGCCAUUGGAAACUUAACAAAGCUCGAAACUUUAUCUUUCCGAUUCAAUGCUCUUAAUGGUCCUCUCCCACCGGAUUUCGCUAACCUAACUCUCCUUCGAUACUUGUAUCUUCAAGGAAACGCAUUUUCCGGCGAGAUUCCUUCGUUUCUCUUCACUUUACCAAACAUUAUUCGGAUCAAUCUCGCUCAAAACAAUUUUUCGGGUCGGAUCCCGGUUAAUGUCGAUUCAGCUACCCGGUUAGCUACUCUUUACUUGCAGGAUAAUCAACUUACCGGUCCGAUCCCGGAGAUUAAGAUUAAGCUUCAGCAGUUUAAUGUUUCGUCGAAUCAGUUAAACGGGUCGAUUCCGGAUCCGUUGUCGGGUAUGCCCAAAACCGCCUUUUUAGGGAAUUUGCUAUGUGGGAAGCCGUUAGAUGCUUGCCCCGUCAAUGGUAACGGCACUGUGGCGCCUGUGAAAGGAAAAAGCGACAAGUUAUCCGCCGGAGCUAUUGCCGGAAUAGUGAUCGGUUGUUUCUUAGGGCUUCUCUUGGUUUUCUUGAUCUUGUUCUGUCUCUGUAGAAGGAAGAAGAAAGAGGAAGUCCAAUCUAGAAACAUUGAAGCAGCUCCUGUUCCGAUUUCAUCCGCCGCCGUAGCUAAGGAAUCGGCGGUGGCUAAUGGUCCUCCUCCGGUGGCUAAUGGUGCACCACAUUCAUCAAAGAACCCUGUAGUGAGUAAAGAUUUGACAUUUUUUGUGAAAUCUUUCGGAGAGUUUGAUCUUGAUGGAUUGCUAAAAGCUUCUGCGGAAGUACUUGGUAAAGGAACAUUCGGAUCAUCGUACAAGGCGAGUUUUGAUCAGGGAUUAGUGCUUGCUGUGAAACGAUUGAGAGAUGUGGUUGUUCCUGAGAAAGAGUUUAGAGAGAAAUUGCAGGUUCUUGGAUCAAUAAGCCAUCCCAAUCUUGUGACAUUAAUCGCAUAUUACUUCAGCCGCGAUGAAAAGCUCGUUGUUUUCGAAUACAUGUCUAGAGGAAGCUUGUCUGCGCUUUUACACGGGAACAAAGGAAGUGGUAGAAGUCCAUUGAAUUGGGAAACAAGAGCCGCUAUAGCGUUAGGAGCCGCAAGAGCGAUUAACUACCUCCAUUCGCAUGACGCGACAACAUCUCAUGGCAACAUUAAAUCUUCUAACAUUCUCUUGUCUGAAUCCUUUGAGGCCAAGGUAUCUGAUUACUGUUUUGCACCUAUGAUCAGCCCUACUUCUACACCUAACCGCAUUGAUGGUUACCGAGCUCCUGAAGUAACCGAUGCUCGUAAAAUCUCCCAAAAGGCUGAUGUUUACAGCUUCGGUGUUCUCAUUCUUGAACUACUCACAGGGAAAUCUCCAACGCAUCAGCAGUUACAUGAAGAAGGAGUAGAUUUACCGAGAUGGGUUUCAUCGAUAACUGAACAACAAUCACCAUCGGAUGUGUUUGAUCCAGAGCUCACAAGGUAUCAAUCGGACAUCAACGAGAACAUGAUCAGGCUUUUAAAGAUCGGUAUAAGUUGUACGGCUCAGUAUCCAGAUAGUCGUCCUACAAUGCCUGAAGUCACAAGGCUCAUUGAGGAGGUUUCUCGUUCACCUGCUUCACCAGGUCCUUUGUCUGAUUGAUUUUUUUUUUUUUUUGGUAUGGGGUCUAAAUUGAUCAUUUCAAAAUUGUUUUGUCUAAAUUUGAAUUUUUUAUAUAGUUUGUUUGGUGAUUGUUUAAGUCAGUUGAGAGAUACGUUG